CACCCACACACACCCUUACCCCCUAACUGACCCACUGCCUGCAACUACUUAUGUAUCUCUUCCCUCUUCUUCCGCUUCUUCUUCCCUCUCCCCCUCUUCUUCCUCCUUACCCUCGCUCGCUCUCUACCUGUUGCUGAUUGUCCCGUUCCCACAGGAAGAGGAAUUUUUCCCUUUCCCACCACACUCCUUUUAAGACAAGCAAUCCGGAACACGCAGCAGAACCCUCUGCAUAACGGAAAGAAUUUUACUUUCGUGCCCUCGCUCCUUACGUUACAUUUUGCCCAUCGUCAUUCGAUUCUGAUAUCGGUCAAUUGCUCUUUACAUAAAAGAGUAGUCGCGCUCCCUUCGAAUACGAGAUCAUCAGUUUCUCGAUAUCGUUGAACGACCUCCCCCAAUUAAUUUUUUUCUUUCCCGCUUUGAGUGUCCUAUACCUUCAUUGUAAGCAUGGGGUUCAGCGCUAGCCUCGUACUUUUCGUGCUCGCCCUGGCAGGCUCCUCCACUUUGGCUGCUGCCCAGCCCCAUGGAAAGCAUGCUCGUGUGCACGGUCGCCAUGCUAGGGCCUUGAAGGAACGCUAUAUGGUUACUGAGCUUACGACUGUUUGGACCACCAUCCAGUCCACUCCUUCCAGCUACCCCCUCCCCACCGCCGGUGGAUCUCCUCCAGAGGUUAAGGACAUCAAGGUCGAUGCUCCUACCCCCACCAAUCCUCCCAAGAAGGAUGACAAGAAAGACGACAAGGAUAAGAAGAAGGAUACUUCUGAUUCCGACACAUCAAACACCAACAAGGGCCAUGACUCCAACGAAAACACUGGGCGUGAAUUUAAGGAUGGUGCUAUUCCCUGUAGUAAGUUUCCAUCAGACUAUGGCGCAAUGGAAUUGCCGUGGCACACAAAGGAUGGAUGGUCUGGCAUUCAGUACAAUGGUGGAAACGCCGACAACGAGGGUGUUUGCAAGGAGGGUUCGCUUUGCUCGUAUGCUUGUCCUCCUGGGUUCAGCAAGGCUCAAUGGCCUUCGGAUCAACCCGCCUCUGGCGAGAGUCACGGUGGUCUUCUCUGCAAAGGCGGUGUCCUUACUCUCACGCGCCCUGACUGCAAGUACCUUUGUGAGCCUGGUGCUGGUGGUAUCAGCGUUAAGAACGAGCUGAGCAAAGUUGUGGCUGUUUGUCGUACCGACUAUCCUGGUAAGCUGUUCUGUGGUGUUCGUUAAUUUAGUGUUUGCCCUAAUAAUGUAUAGGUUCCGAGAACAUGGUUGUGCCCUUGCAGUGCGAUCCUGGCACGGAGAAGCCUCUCACUGCCCCUGAUGCUGACUCCCCGACUGCCUACAAAUGGAAGGGUGGUGCCACUUCUGCCCAAUACUAUGUCAACAAUGCUGGGGUUAGCGUCAAGGAAGGGUGUCUCUGGGGUAAGGAGGGUGGUGAGGUUGGAAACUGGGCCCCUUAUGUAAGACUUAUACAUCCUGCUGAGCAAUAGGCUGUCAGAUGCUAAUAUUCAUACAGAUCUUCGGUGCCGGAAAGAAGGGCGGUAAGAUUUGGAUCUCUGUCUCCAAGAACCCCAACAACAGCAAGCCCGCCAAUUUCAAUGUCUCUGUAUGUGCGCCCUGUCGUUUUACAUCCUGGAUAUCAAUACUAACAUAAUUAAUAGAUUGUUGGUGGUGUCGGCGGCAAGAAGUGCGAGUGCAUCAUGGGCGUCUGCCAAGAUGGCGGAGCUGGAUGUACCGUUACAGUUGAGCCCGGUCAGAAAGCUUACUACCGUAUGUGGGAGUAGAUGUGCAUUUUUAUUUGGCAAUUUUGCAGUUUUUUCUUUCUUUCUUUUUCUUGGUGUUUGGAUAUGGGAUCCCAGGAAGUGGAAAAAAUCGGUCAUAGUAUGUUGACAAUAUAGGGGGAUAUAUCUCAGGUGUUUGGUUUGAAGUAUUUUGUCUGUCAAGCUUGUCUAGUGGUAAUGUACCUUUAUUAUUCUUCAUGUCCUGAUAAUUUCUGGUUGGAAAGGAACAUCAUGGGCCACGCUCACCAUCCAGUUUCUAUUCCUGUUUACUAUAGCUAUUUUACAUCCUGUCGAUGUUUUCUCCUUUCUUCUUUCUUUUGUGUGGAGGAUUAUCGUACAGUACAUACCCAUCUUUCACAGACUAAUGGACACGGGUCACUUGGGAUUCCGCGAAAAAAGCGGGCACAGAAGAGAGAAAUCUUGGGCUGGUUGAUUU